ACUUCCUCUGUGACAACUUGUGGUGAAAGAGUCUCGGUCGGUUUGGUUAAUCAGAUAAUCAGGGGGAAAGCGGCGGCUGAGGUCGCUGUGCACACGUACCGCGCUGGAGUUUCUGCACUGCUGCACCAGACCGCUUGUGAAUAAAGACUGAAUGCAGGGCCCGAUCGGAGCGGUUGUAACAGCGGAAAGGCGGUAAAGUUGCGUGUGUAUGAACUGAGCGGAUCCGGACACACUGCAUAGCACAGAGAGCAGCAGGCCCUGGUGAAGCCUCGGCUUUUGGGUGGCAGCCAUGGCCGGAAACUUCGACGCGGAGGAUCGGGGCAGCUGGUACUGGGGCAGACUGAGCAGACAGGAGGCCGUGUCCCUGCUGCAGGGACAGAGACAUGGGGUCUUCUUAGUACGGGACUCUAUCACCAGCCCUGGAGACUACGUCCUGUCCGUGUCCGAAAACUCUAAAGUCUCGCACUAUAUCAUCAACAGCAUCAGCAACAACCGGCAGUCCGGCCCGGGCCUGGCUACCUCUCGGUUUCGUAUUGGAGACCAGGAAUUCGAUGCCCUCCCUGCCCUGCUGGAGUUUUACAAAAUACACUACCUGGACACGACCACUCUGAUCGAGCCCAUCAACAAAGCCAAGUACUCGUCCAUGAUCGUGCCGAGUGCCGGCCCAGGCGGAGCUCCUCCCAGGCUCGAGGAGGAGUACGUCCGCGCGCUGUUCGACUUCCCGGGCAACGACGACGAGGACCUGCCCUUCCGGAAGGGCGACGUCCUGCGGGUUUUGGAGAAGCCCGAAGAGCAGUGGUGGAACGCUCAGAAUUCAGAUGGCCGUGUGGGUAUGAUUCCCGUACCCUACGUCGAGAAGUUCCGACCUGCUUCUCCAACUUCGGGGACCCUGGGUGGCGGCGGGACCGGCAGCGUGGGGAAUUCUGACGGCCACAAUCCACAGUCCCCUCCUUUGCUCGGUGAGCCGGGCCAGUACGCCCAGCCCACGUCUUUGCCUAAUUUGCAAAACGGCCCCGUGUUGGCCAGGGUUGUUCAGAAACGAGUUCCUAAUGCGUAUGACAAGACGGCUCUUGCUCUUGAGGUCGGCGACUUGGUGACGGUGACUAAAAUCAAUGUCAACGGGCAGUGGGAGGGCGAGUGCAAGGGAAAGCGAGGCCACUUUCCAUUCACGCACGUGCGCUUAGUGGACCAGCACAACCCGGAUGACGACCCCAGCUGAGAGCGGAGCCCUGGUCCCCCCCCCCCCCCCCCCUGUACAGCCCUUAACCGCACACACUCUCUCCUCACACGUCAUAACAGACACGCCCAGCGGUAGCCUCUUUUACUAGAUCCAUUCCCUCUAUGUCCACUCAUGCCAUCAUGCCAUUAAUGCCGAUAUAUACAAUAACCGCAGUUCUUUCUUAGAUCGUACACUAUGGUUAAAGUAACCGAAUCAGUAGACACUAAGCACCAUGGAGGUUUCUUUAGGUAGGUUGAACUAUGAACCAGUCGUGGUGAGAUUGAGAGAGAUCGUAUGCUUGGACUCAAUGUAAGCAGCCGGGUGUCACUGUAAAGGACUGUCUCUCUGCGUCCGAGAAGCAAACACUACUCGUACCGGUUGGCUAACAGACGACGGCUUUGAAGGGGAUUCGUUUCCAGCCUUUCAUCACACUACAAAUCAUCUACCAUGUGUUCUUUUUUUUUUUUUUUUUAAUGCUGAUCAUACAUAUACAGUGU